AUGGGCGCCCAGCCCGGCCCGCCUGCCCCUCCGGCCCCGCAGCCAAUAGCCAGCCAACCGGCCGCCGGACGGGGAGGGGCUCCGGCCGCAGCGCAGGUGCCGUCGGGGCGGGCUCGCCGCGGGGAGGGGGCGGGACUGGGCGCCCCCACAGCGCGGCCGCCCCGUCCCUCGCGCCCGGGCCGGCUGGACCGGACCUUGGCUGGGCGCAGGGAGCCAGAGAUGGGCUCUGCCCGGAGGGGGGGUCCCUCUCUCCCUCCCUCGGCCGCCGUCUGCUAUGGGGGCUGCUGGAUGAGGCAAAAGAGAGGCCCUCCGGCCCAGCAUCCUCUUCCCGCAGUGGCCGAGCAGGAUCCGAGCAUCCCAGAGCCGUCUCCCCUCCUGGGGAUUCAUAAGCACUGCCUGCCUCCCACUGUGGAAGCAGAGCCCAGCCAUCCUGGCCGGGAGCCCCCAAAGCCCUCUCCUCCUCUGGGAAUGGGUCCCGUCCCCUUGGGAAGCCCCCCCAGGUGGGUGGCCUUCCUUGCCUCCAGUGGCAGGGAGUUCCGUAGCUCCGCUCAUUUGGACAAUGAAACGCGGCCGCUUUGCUGCAAGCAUCGCUGGCGCAGGAGGCGGCGCGUAAAGGCCAAGCAGGACCCGGGAACCAAAGGCGGGUCCUGCAGAGGCUGGAUCGGGCGCAAGGGGACUCAUCUCCUCCAGUAUCCUGUCCUCGCAGGGGCCAAAAUAUGCCCCGGGGGGGAGAAGCCGCCAAGGAGGCGCCGAGCAGCGCAGCCGGAGUCUCCCCACACUCACCGCCGCGAGGAGCCCGGGAUCCCUCGCCGCCUCUCCUUCCCUCUCCAAAGUCUCCUCCAAGUCGCUGCCUCCUGCGGAAGGGAGUUCCAGGGUUUAGGAGUGCCGUCCAUUUACAGAGAGACCUCCAAACCCUGAAAGCGCAGGGCUUCUCCCGAAGAAUCCUGGGACCUGUAGUUUCCUCUCUAGCAUCCUUAAACACGACUUCCCAGGAUUCCCGUGGGCUUCCAGGGGGGCUGUGGCUCCGCCCCCCAACUCUGCCUGGGGAGAAGAAAUCCUCCCUUUGUCUGCCCCGACGCUGCAAACCUUCCGCUUCUCUCCGCCUUCUCCAUGCCAUGCAUGGGGGGGGGGGCAUGGUGAGAACCAGAUGCCAGGCUAGAUGGGCCCCUGUGGCCUGAUCCAGAAGGCGCUUCUUGUGGUCUACCUCUCUUUCAAAUCAGAACCAGUGAAGGCGGUGAAGGUCCUGGGCUCAGAAUCUCUCAUUUCAUGACGCCACUGCAGUUCCGUGACCCCGAGCUCCCUGCCUGCCCCCUUGCUGAGGAGUAUCUGAAAGGUCCGUGGUGCAGGAUCAGGUCUUUCCACAAGGGCCACGACUGAUGCUGAAAUCCAGCAUUGCGUGAGCUCUGCGAGUGCGGCUUUCUCCCGA